AUGGGAAAAGGGAGCAGCGCUGGCGCACUCUUUGCUUUGCUGCUGCUGCUGCUGCUGCCUUUGUUCUGCCGGGCGCUCUCGGAGCAGCUCCGCUACAGGAUCCGCGAGGAGAUGCCUGCGGGAACGGUGGUGGGGCACCUCGCCAGGGACCUGGGCAUCAGCGUCCCCGGAGUAGCUGCUCGCAAACUGCGCCUGAGUUCCGAGAAGCCUUACCUGAGCGUGCGCGCCGAGAGCGGGGAGCUGGUGGUGAGCGGCAGGCUGGACAGGGAGCAGCUCUGCGGGAGGAAGCCUGCCUGCUCUCUGGAGCUGGAGGCUGUGGCUGAAAACCCGCUAAACUUCUACCACGUGAACGUGGAAGUUGAGGACAUUAAUGACCACGCGCCCAAAUUCACCCAAAGUUCCUUUGAGCUACAAAUCAGCGAGUCUGCUCAACCAGGGGCCCGGUUUAUCUUAGGCUCUGCUUUUGAUGCAGAUAUUGGUACCAAUUCGCUGCAGAGUUACCAGCUCAGUCCCAAUGAUCACUUCUCGCUUGCGAAUAAAGAGAAAUCGGAUGGCAGUAAAUACCCUGAGAUGAUCCUGAAGGCCGCUUUAGACAGGGAAAAGCAAAGGUCCUACCACUUGACCUUGACUGCCUUGGAUUCGGGGGAUCCACCGCUCAGUAGCACAGCGCAAAUUCACGUGCUGGUGACAGAUGCCAAUGACAACCCUCCUGUGUUCAGCCAGGACGUCUACACGGUGGGGAUAUCAGAGGCCGUGCACCCAGGGAGCACGGUGCUUCAGGUGACUGCCACGGACCAGGACGAGGGAGUACAUGCACAGAUCACCUUCUCCUUCAGCGAAGCGGGACAGAUCCCUCAGUUUGAACUGAACCCCAACACCGGAGAGAUUAGUACCCUACAGACUUUAGAUUUUGAAGAAGUCAAAGAAUAUUCCUUUGUUGUGGAAGCAAGGGACGGCGGAGGCCUGAUUGUACAGUGCACGGUGGAGAUAGAGGUCUUGGAUGAAAACGACAAUGCCCCAGAAGUGAAAUUCCAGUCCCUCCCCGACCUAGUAAUGGAAGACGCCAUGCCAGGAACACUGAUUGCUUUGAUCAAAGUAUCUGACAAGGAUUCAGGACCCAACGGUGAAGUCACAUGUAAUUUAGAAGGAUAUGUGCCUUUUAAAAUGCUCACUUCCUCAAAAAACACGUAUAAAUUAGUAACCGAUGGGGUCCUGGACCGCGAGCAGACCCCGGAGUACAAUGUCACCAUCACGGCCACUGACAGAGGCAAGCCACCACUCUCCUCCAGUGUCAGCGUCACAGUGCACAUCGCUGACGUCAACGACAACGCGCCUGUCUUCCAGCAGCCCUCCUACGUGGUCCACGUGGCAGAGAACAAUCCCCCAGGAGCCUCCAUCGCGCAGGUCAGCGCCUGACCCGAUCUGGGCUCCAAUGGUCAGGUCACCUACUCCAUCGUGGCCAGCGACCUGGAGGCACAAACGCUGGCGUCCUACGUGUCAGUGAGCGCACACAGCGGCGUGCUGUUCGCGCAGCGCGCCCUGGACCACGAGCAGCUGCGCGCCUUCCACCUCACGCUGCAGGCCCGCGACCAGGGCUCGCCCGCACUCAGCGCCAACGUGAGCGUGCGCGUGCUGGUGGGCGACCGCAACGACAACGCGCCGCGCGUGCUGUACCCGGCGCUGGCGCCCGACGGCUCGGCGCUCUUCGACACGGUGCCGCGCGCCGCCGAGCCCGGCUACCUGGUCACCAAGGUGGUGGCGGUGGACGCCGACUCUGGCCACAACGCCUGGCUCUCGUACCACGUGCUGCAGGCCAGCGAGCCCGGGCUCUUCAGCCUGGGGCUGCGCACGGGCGAGGUGCGCACAGCGCGCGCCCUGGGCGACAGGGACGCGGCCCGCCAGCGCCUGCUGGUGGCUGUGCGCGAUGGCGGCCAGCCGCCGCUGUCUGCCACCGCCACGCUGCACCUGGUCUUCGCGGACAGCCUGCAGGAGGUGCCGCCGGACCUGAGUGAGCACGCGGCGCCCUCGGACCCUCAGGCCGAGCUGCAGUUUUACCUGGUGCUGGCCUUGGCCGCCAUCUCCGUGCUCUUCCUGCUCACGGUGAUCCUGGCCAUCGCGCUGCGCCUGCGCCGCGCCUCCAGCUCCGCAAUAGGAGGCUGCUUCCAGCCUGGUGCUGUUUGUUCAAAAUCUGGCCCCGGAAUGCCUCCCCACUACAGCGAGGGCACUCUGCCCUAUUCCUACAACCUGUGCGUUGCCCACACGGGAAAGACGGAGUUUAAUUUUCUAAGCGCUAGUGAGCAAUUGAGUACAGGACAAGACAUCCUCUGUGGUGACCCAUCCGGGUCCUUGUUUCCUCUUAGCAAUCCCAGUGAGCCGACCUCCCAAAAGGUGAGUUUCCCUUAA